AUGCCUAACUUCAUUCCCGGUGGCAGCGAUGGCGGGAGAGAAUCAGUUAUCAAACAACUCAAUGCCGCAUGUUCUUCACUCAUCGCAAUCGGUUUCCGUGAGGAGCUGUUUACCCUCAACAAUCUCCAUAACUACGGCUACACCGAAACUAAAUUCCUAGACCUUAUCCAACCUAUUCCUUUCAUCACAGAUCUCCGCGCUUUAAGAUUUCUUUUCAACACAGCUCGUCAAUCGUUGUAUCAUCUUUCCGUCACACCUCCUCCGAAUGAGUUCUGCGAUUUUGUCAACUGCAUCAACUGGAUAAAAAGUGAGUUAUCAGAUAGAAUGCAAAAGGGGGAAAUAUCAAAAGUUGAUAUUGCCAUAGCAAGAAAGCUCGUUGACUCUGCUGCUCCUCUUAUGAAAGAACGCAAACGCUUUCAGAGCGCGAUCGAUGAAUUGAAGAAGCGUCAAAUGAUGCUGGAGACAGAAUCUGCAAGAAUCAGUGGUGAGUUGAAGUUAAAGUUAGGUCCUAUUUAUGAAUAUGAAGAGCCUUCCAUAGCUGAAUUGAGAAUUGAGUGUUAUCAUCUUUAUGAAAAGGAUUGUAGAUUUAGGGGGAUACCUUUCAUCCCUACACUUGAUGAGAUGGAAUGUGAGAAUUUGGUGGCUGUGUUUGGUGGCACUGCGAAGGAACGUCACUUCAUUAAUUUCUUGAACGAUCCUGUUAGGAAAGAGCUCAUUGAAACUUACUUUAAUGGCAUACUGUUUAAGGGGUAA